AGGAGAUCACGUGAUCUCGACCUGCCCGGUUACCGUAGAAAGAAAGCGUCGCCAGGGAGACGGCGGAACCGGGCCCGAGCGCGCGAUGAGUUCCGAAUCUUUGAUGUUUUAACCGUUUUCGCGCGCGGAGAGGGUCGAAGAGUCGAGGAGCGCGAGCGGAGCGACCCUCACUGCAGUGCUCCGGGUUGCGGGUGAGAGGAGUGCGCGGGGCUGUUUGAGAUGGUUUGGUGAGAACGCGUCCGCUCACCUGGCCGGCUCUGGUGUGAGUGACCGCAGGCAUGGGCAAACUCCAGAGCAAGUUCCGCCGCCGCUCUGACCUCUACAGGGCCAAGGAGGGGGCGGAGCCUGUCCCUGUGCCUCAGGUGGUGCAGUAUGAACCCGCCCACUCCGGCGCUAUUAACUGUGUUACCUGUCUGAACUCUGACCUCUGUGUGUCAGGUGGGAUUGACCAGGCCGUCAUGGUUUAUGACUGGAGAGCUGGGAAGCCCUGCAGAUCUUUUCAUGGCCACCACAAGGAGAUCACCAAGCUGACGUGCUUCACGGGCAGUACGUGGAUCUUCAGUGCGUCUCGGGAUAAGACCGUGCUGAUGUGGGACUUCGCAGGCGGGUCGGACCCCGUCCAGACGUUCUGUGGACAUGAGCUCGUCAUCAACGGAGUCGCCGUCAGCCCGGACGGGACGAAGCUGUGCACCGGCUCUCGUGAUAACUCCAUGUGCCUGUGGGACAUCGAGACCGGAAAGUGUUUACAGAAGAACACCAUCUCACGCAACCUGGUAACUCAUGUGUGUUGGGUUCCAGGAGGAACAUCAAUAGUCCAGACCUCAGAGGACAAAACCAUCAGAGUGUGGGACAGCCGUAGCUGGCAGGUAAUGAACACAUUUCCUGCUAAGCAGUACAUCCAGACUCACUGUGAUAUCAGCCCCAACUGCAACCAUCUACUGUCCAGCAGCAACGGCUUCCAGGGUCAGGGCUGCGAGGCCACGCUGUGGGACCUGAGGCAGCCGGGCUGUAAGGUGGUGGAAUACAGAGGACACCUCCAGACCACGGCCUGCUGUGUCUUCCUGCCGCCCAGCAUCGGCUCGCCUGCACUCGUCGCUUCAGCAUCGUUCGACAGUUCCAUCAAAAUCUGGGACCAGAACACGGCAGCCUGUUUGUGUACUGUCUCUCUGGAUGGUUCUGGUCCGUUGGUGUCUUUGGCGCCAUGUGACUCCAGUAGUCUCCUCUGUGCCAGUUUUAAUACAGGACUUCACCAGCUGAACCUCUCCCGUGGAUCCGCGCCCAUCCUGAAGGAGAUCGCCCGCUUCUGACCUCCGUUCACCCUGAGGGUGACCACCCACUAACCCUACUACCCCGACCCUGAGGCUGAUCGCCUGCUUCUGACCCCCACUACCCCCAUCCUGAGGCUGAUCGCCUGCUUCUGACCCCCAACACCCCCACCCUGAGGCUGAUCGCCUGCUUCUGACCCCCAACACCCCCACCCUGAGGCUGAUCGCCUGCUUCUGACCCCCAACACCCCCACCCUGAGGCUGAUCGCCUGCUUCUGACCCCCAACACCCCCACCCUGAGGGUGAUCGCCCACUAACACCACUACCCCCACCCUGAGAUUGAUCACUUACUACCCCCACCCUGAGGGUGAUCGCCCACUAGCACCACUACCCCCACCCUGAAGGAGAUAACCCAAUUAUAACCCCCCCACCACUCCAAAAUAAACCCAUUGACUAAGUGCUAAUGCUAAUAGACGGAGCUAAAUCACUGCCUAGAGAUUUUGUCACAUGGAAAGUGUUGAGCAGGUGGAGAAAACUGACUCAGGACACACACACACACACACACACACAGUGACCAUAAGGCAGGGGUGCCCAAACCUUUUGUCCUGAGUGGGACAAAAAAAGACAGAACAGCAUGAAAAUAAAGAGGGCAGGUUUCAAAAAUA